AUGCAAGGAGCAAUCCAAGUUCACCGAUUCCGUAACCUACAGGUGCUGGAGAUUAAGAAAGUUCCUGUACAUAUGAUUGAAGGUUUGAAUCAGUUACGUGGACAGUUACAGACUCUUAUAAUCUCUAGGAGUUUACUAGCUUUACAGGAUGUGUUUGAAACAUGUGGUAGUGAUAUGACUUCACCAAUGUCCUGGCCACAGUUAGAUACUGUCAAUCUUAGUUAUAAUACAUUAACUUGUUUAGAUUCUUCUCUUAGAUUACUACCAGUUUUAAAGAUAGUAGAUAUUAGUCAUAAUAGUUUAGAAAAAACAGAGCAUUAUUUAGAGUAUUUAACAGAGCUACAGAGAAUAAACCUAGGUUAUAAUAUGUUA